AUGGGUAUACUCUCCGAUCUGCGUAGUGGAUUCUACAAACAGAUAACCCAAGAGCACGUCCUUGUUUUCGUGACCCCUGACGUGGAUGGUGUUUGCGCAUGGCGAAUACUUCGGCACAUAUUUCGUCAGGGCCAAGUCCUUUAUACUCUAAUUGUGGUCACUGGGAAGACGUCUCUCUGCUCACAGUUCAAAAUCAACAAGAACAGGACUGAUAAGUCAGAUGAGGAGAGUGACGAAGACGAGCAGGGCGGUAAGCAGUCUACUACCAUUCGCGCUGCUGAAAAACGCAUCAACAGACGACGCUGGGAGAGGAAACGGCAAGAAAUUCUCAUUGAAUAUGAGAGCUUUUCGUACCACUCUACGGCCUCUGCUGUUGUCCUCUUCGACCUUGCCUGGAAGCUUUCACAGGACAAUCAACAACUCCUUUGGUAA